UAACUUGAGGCAAGUGAACGGCGCAGGCGGGAAAGAGGUAGUUGUUAUGUUUCUCGAUGAAGGCGUGGCUCCACUCCCGCGCUACGGUACUAGGAUGGCUUUGACGUAAACCGAGAACCAUGAUAUAUAAAAGAGCGUUGCAAAAAUGAAUCUGUUCCAUUGACGGUCCCUCCAAAACUUCGAACAUUCCCUCAACCGGGUAAGUUCUAAUUACCUAAACUGGAAUUCUGGAAAUACGGCCUACUUGGCUACGCGUACAAGAUGUCAGCAACGUCUGUUUCGCCGAAAAUUGCUGUGAACCCGGCCAAUGCAGCCGGAGGCAUUACUUCUUUUCAUUCCGGUCGAGAACAGUUCGUCAUGAAAAAAUCCUAUAGUAUUGAGAACGGAUAUACCGGAAGACGUCGGUCUCUGGUGGACGACGCACGUUUCGAAUCAAAAGUGAACAGAGAGAAUCGAGAAAAUUUACUUCACGAAAAUUCACUCUCUCGUGAAAAUUCGACGUCGCAGGAGGAACUCGUCUUAUCGGAAGAAGCUUUUACCGUCGGAGAAAACGGAAGACUUUUAGUGGCGAUAAUUAUCCGUAUGCGCGAAGAAAUGGUUACGCUAUCGCGUACAUUCAAAACUAUACAGCAUUGCAAGGGGUCAUUGUUGCAUGUGGAAUCACGUCCAUCGUACAACAAAGAAGAACCCCAAUUUGAAGUGAUUUUGAAACUAGACAUUGCUCGCGACAAUCUUAUAUCCCUACUCAAAUUACUGAAGCAAAGUACAUCGCUUAGUCGUGUAACGGUCGCCAGUGCAACCAACUUUGUUGGAGACAUACCAGAAAUCUGGUUCCCAAAACAUAUCUCUGAAUUGGAUUUAUGCAAUCAUUUGGUGACACGUUACGAACCAGAUCUAGAUCAAGGCCAUCCUGGGUUUACUGACGCUGUCUAUCGAAAACGGCGUCAAGAAAUUGCCGAUAUUGCUUUCAAUUACAAACACGGAGAGCCUAUUCCACGCGUCGAGUAUUCGCUCGAAGACAAAAACACUUGGAAAGCUGUUUACACAGAACUGAUGUCACUGUUGCCAAAACACGCGUGUCGCCAACAUUUGGAAGCUCUUUCUCUACUGCAAAAGGAAUGCGGAUACGCGGCAGACAACAUUCCGCAGCUAGAGGACAUUUCCAACUUUCUCAAAAGAAGGACGGGCUUUUCUCUUCGUCCAGCAGCUGGUUUGUUAACGGCUCGCGAUUUUCUUGCAAGCUUGGCGUAUCGCGUAUUUCAAUGCACUCAAUACAUUCGUCAUUCUUCCUCUCCGUAUCACUCUCCGGAACCGGAUUCUAUUCACGAGCUGUUGGGACAUGUUCCAAUCUUGGCCGACAAAAAUUUUGCACAAUUUUCCCAAGAAUUGGGUUUAGCCUCGCUAGGGGCAAGCGACAGUGACAUUGAAAAAUUCUCGACGAUGUAUUGGUUCACUGUCGAAUUUGGGUUGUGCAAACAAAACGGGGAACUUCGCGCAUACGGAGCCGGUUUGCUGUCUAGCUACGGAGAACUGAAACAUGCUCUAUCCGGGAAACCUAGUCUGUUGCCCUUUGAUCCGAACGUCUGCGCCGUACAGCCCUAUCAGGAUCAGGAUUAUCAAGAUGUCUAUUUUGUGGCUGAAAGUCUGGAAGAUGCCCUUCAAAAAUUCCGCGGUUGGGUGGCAGAGAACAUACGUCGACCUUACGAAGUCUGCUAUAAUCCGUUCACGCAAACUGCCGAAGUCGUUGACUCGCUUACUGCGCUGGCUAGUGUUACCAAACAAGUCCAGACGGAUCUGUCUCAUGUCUGCACCGCCCUGCACAAGAUGAAGUAAAACCUAAAAAUAAAAAAAGAAUGUAUUUGAUGAAGAAUCUAGUCAAUAUUCUUACAUUAUGGCUAAACGAUAGAUUUCUAAAUGUCUCGUAGCACCCAUGGUCUUCUUCUGUUUGUGUUUUUUGCAUGCGUUUUAUUUAUUACGACCGUUUCCACAGUCCCGGCUUAUACUGCGGUCGGUUGCACAAGCAAUCUACAUGUGCUGAAGUUGUUUGUUUAAUAUAAUUUAAUCUCAAUAUUUUCGUCGUAUUCACUCAAAUACACGCUUAUCUGUU